AUGAGGAAGAGGAAAAUAAAGGAGAAAUACAUACGGGCCUUGUUCACCGAAGUGCAGGAGCAAGAAGCACAGGAGCUUCGCCAAAACUACUGUCACCAUUUCAACUCAUUCACCACGCACGAUGUGUACCUCUUAAAUGGGAAGUAUUACCGAGUGAAGAGCGAAGAUGGCGCUGGGAUGCGGAAGACGUUGCUUCGGUGUUUGUAUAAACACAACUUUUAUGUGCCCAAGAAGAUAAGAAGAAUCAUUUUCAAAAAAUUCCUGCUUCAAAAUGAAGCCAAAGAUGUCCACAACUUCAACUACGACGUGUAUCUGUUACUGUCUUAUUUGAAGAACCCCAACGUAAACGAGGCGACGCAGAAAAUUGUGGACUUGGACGUAUUCCGGACACGCAUAAAUAAAGACAACGAAAAGACCAUUUACUUCUUUAACCUUUUUUUAAAUUACGCUUGCAACAAUUUUCAAUUCAAGUAUAAACAGGGGCUAAACGAGGUUUUAGCCCUUUUCUUUUAUCUGAAGGGUAAAUACUUCAACCUGGUUGAUGUCUACUUCUGCUUCCAGAGCUUCGUCGAGCGGUUCUUGAAGGAGUUUUACUAUGACGACGAGUUUUUCUUUUUGCAGAUAUCCUUUUACUUGUUUAAAAUUUUGAUUAAGUACCACGACCCCGUGUUGUCCGAGGUGCUCGAGACGAACAAGAUGUCCCCCGAAAUUUACGCGGCCUCUUGGUUUUUAACCCUCUUCGCGUCCAAAAGCAACUUGGAAAUUUCGAACGCCAUUUAUUUGAUCUUCGUGCUGGAGCGCAAUCCGUUUUUUUAUUUCUUCUUUUCCCUGGCGCUUUUGAUUUUGCACAGAAACAUAUUUCUAUGCGUCGACAGUUCAAAUUUACCAGAGUUGUUAAGCAAAAUAAACAUUUUCAACAAAAAGUUUUUGAAGAAGGUGUGGUCUUUAGGAAAAUUCCUGGAAGCCAACACGCCCAUAUCCUUUGUGCACAAAUUAUUUUUCAUUAAAAAUGUGCUCAUGUAUUUAACAAGCGAACAUUCCGCCAACAGUAAUCACAAGAAGGACAUCCUCUUGGACUUCUUCAACUCCAUCGACUACAUGUCUGUCAAUGCAUACGAAAUAAUAAAAAACAUAUUUCUAUGCGUCGACAGUUCAAAUUUACCAGAGUUGUUAAGCAAAAUAAACAUUUUCAACAAAAAGUUUUUGAAGAAGGUGUGGUCUUUAGGAAAAUUCCUGGAAGCCAACACGCCCAUAUCCUUUGUGCACAAAUUAUUUUUCAUUAAAAAUGUGCUCAUGUAUUUAACAAGCGAACAUUCCGCCAACAGUAAUCACAAGAAGGACAUCCUCUUGGACUUCUUCAACUCCAUCGACUACAUGUCUGUCAAUGCAUACGAAAUAAUAAAGAACAUAUCCCUAGGGAAGCACAAGUAUAUCUUUUUGGACAUUCGGUCGAGGAAGCACUUCCGAACGUUUCACUUGAAGAAUUCGAUCAACGUGGAGUUGGUCGAAGGUUACGCGGAUAUCCUGCGGGAUAAAAUCGAUUCUCAGGACAUGCAAAAGAAACAGAAGAAGAAGCGGAAGAAGGAGCGGGGACAAGUGUCACAACCCAUUUCUCACAUUUUGAAAAGAUUUGGAAGUAGAGAGGUCUCCCGCAAUGCCGGACUCCUCUUUUCUUAUCUGUUGAGGAAAAAAUACAACCUCAGAGGUGGAUUGAGUUAUGACGACAAUAUUUUGUUAACGAGGGUGGCGGCUGCCGUGCGUGUGCAGAAGGGUAGCCAUUUGAAUUUCUCUCUCCUAGGAAGGAAUACUGAGAAGAGGUGCGGGAAAGGCACAAAGGGGAGAGCGAAACGUAAACAAGAGCAAGUAGUAUUCCCCAAUUUGCACCUCCUCAGGGGGGACAGAAAUGCAGAAGUCGAUUUGAAUGCCUUCACAUGUAACAUCUACGCGAGGAGGAAACCCUCCAGGGGGGUCGCUAAAAGCAGGAAAUGUAAAUCUAACAUGUUUGAACAUGGUAAUAUGAAGUAUGUAGAGGAAAGGAAAGUGAAAAAUGAAAAGAGGUACCACUCGGACGACGACAUUCUCUCGAAGCCUUUCAGCUUGGCAUGUUAUCACAUGAAAAAGGGUUUCCUUUCUAGGAUGGAGGAAGAGCUCCGGAGGAAGGGUGACCAAGUUACGGAGCAGAGUAAAUCGAAGUGCAUGCCGAGUGUCCCCUGUGAGGAGAAGACAGAACCGACGUAUCCUGCCGACCAAGUGCAGAAUCUAAACACGAGUUCCUUCAACUUAUACAUGUUAAUAAAGGAAAAGGUUUUGUGCAAUGAAGGCUGCCUUCGCUUUCGCUUCGAGGAUGUAUUAACUCCUGAAAAACAGGUUGUUAUACUCUACGACGAUAACAUUGAUAAUGCUAAAUAUGUGCGUGGGUUCUAUUAUGAAUUAUUAUUUAAUACCAAGUUGAGGCAAGUGUCCAUUAUCGAAGGAGGGAUAAAUUCUUAUCACAAUUUGAUGCGAGUGGAUUCUUCUUACGGGAAGACAAAUUCAGUGGGCCCAUCCUUCCUUACCACCACUUGUGCACAUACCAAUGAUGAGAGAUCUACUCAUGCACAGGAAGCCCCGCAUUUGUAUACACAACCAUGUCUUCUAGGUCGGAAUAAAAAAACGAUAAAAAAAUUUUUCCAUCCCAAUCAUAGCUGCUAUUUAUGUGAUUACAAGCACUUUAGAAAAACGAAAAAAAAAAUUUUAGAUGAUUGCUUUUUUGAAAGUUACAGUAACUUUUUCAUUUUUGAAAAAUUUUUUUCCUUCCUGAAUGACGAGCGGGAUGAUAUUUCUUUUUCUUCCUUCUACGACUAUAUCAUUUGGAUGCAGAGCAAGGGUGGUGAUAAUUCUUCUUAUAUGGGCGGGGGACGUAACAAGAGUAAGGACAACGGGGAAGGAUCCUCAUUUACUUUUUCAGGGUUAUUAAAUUAUAUUAAGAGGAAGAAGAGUGGUGGUGUUAACGAUCCUAGUGUGUUUGGAAAUGGUCAGAGGGCCUGUCCCCAUGGUGAAGGGGGGGGUGACACUGUCACACACGAUCUGCAUAAGGAGGAGGCUCACGUUAGUUCAUUUGUGGCAGAAAAAAAAAUCAGUGAGUCUACCAAUGGAGACAUACACAUAUGCAAUAACGCCAAGGUGAAAAAGCAUUACUUCAGUUUAAAUCACUACAUGGAGUGUUGUAAUAGGAAGAAGAGUGAUCUGUUCAAUGUACCAUCGUCUGUGCAACCUAACGCGGAUGAAGGCAUAUCCUCUUUGAAUCCUCCACAUGUUAGUGGCACCCUCGAUGAGAAGGAGGAGGGUGAACAACAUAGGCUUAGGGACGAAGUGUGUACCGCUUCACUUGGGCAUGACCACACAGAGGACAAGUUAAACGUAUGCACAUAUGGUCAGUGGGGGGGGGACGUGACAGAAGAGGAUCACACGGAGGUGGAAGCUGCGUUAGUUACGGGGAAGGUAGACUCCUUCGCGGACUUUGCUUCAGAACGCCUGCACGACCCACCCAAUAGGGGGUACUCAAUUGGUAGCGACCACAUCCCCGAAGGAAUAAAAAGGAGCUGUUCCUCCAGUUCAGAUGUAUAUAAUUUGUAUUCCUACAUUGAUAUUGUUUGUUACCGGAGUUUGCUUUUGAAGGGGGGACAGACAAAAGGAGGGGGAGACCCCCACAGGCGCAGACUCUACAGCUGCUUCAUUACUUACAUAUACCAGCCGCUCAUUCCUCACAACAUCAGAUCGAAUAACAUUAUUAGCAACUUGGUGCACUACGUAAAAUAUUUCAAGUGCAUUAAACGGGGCAGCACCGCCAUUAACGACCCGAACCUCUACCUGCAGUGUAACAAGUUGGACUCGAACUUGUCACCGUUCAAGGUGACCUACUUUCCCUUUAGGAGCAUGCAUCUUCUGCCCAGUGUCCGCGCAGACAUGUGCUACCUUCCCCCGCCAGGAGGGGCAGCAGCCAACACGGCGAGCGCCGUCAACGCCUCUGAUCAGCACUACGACGAGCAGUGCGAGGAGCGGGUGAACGACUUCAUCUUGAGCAACACGUGCCUAAAGAACAAGCCCGAGCUGGGUCUCUGCAAGCUCAUGAUUUACGACAACCUACUUGUCCUCUACGGCAUGCCUUACCUGUAUGAGGUCACUCUUCCGGGGCGGAGGGGAGGUGCUGAAGCAGCAAAUGAGAUGUGUGCCCAAGAGGGUUCCCACGCAACAACGGAAAACUGUAACGAAGCGAGUGGCGUGGAGGAGCAGAUCGGGGAAGCCCUCCACCUGGGGGACAUUGGCACCAUAAACUUCCUGAAAGAAAAAGAGGAAUAUUUAACGGGCGGCACGGACCACGAGGAGUGGUACCUCUCGUGUGAACCGGGAGAAGAACUUCAGAAGGUGUUGAUACACAAACACAAAGACUUAAAGAAAAAAGACGUCCUCUUUAACAUGGACUCUUACAAAAUAAAUGCAAUAGACAUAAACUGGGCCAACAUAUCUCCUCACGUACUUGGAAGCAUCACAAGGGAACACAUCACAGACACAUACAACUAUUACAAAUCUUAUUUCAGUGUAUCUAGUAGUAACUUGUCCUCAUCGAAUGAGCAGAGUUGUCCUUCUGUUAGUAGCUCCCUCUCGAGUGACACCUCGUCCUACUCCUCGUGCGUUUCUGAGGAACCAAACUUUUCCUUUUCCGACUACCAUAACCUGUACACCAAGAAUGCCAAAAUGAUAAGAAAUGAGGAAAACAAAAGGAAGGAGAGGAGGAGGAUGAACAGAAGAGGAGGAAGAACGAGCCCGCGCGAGGAUGGGGAAGCCUUUCAUACAUGUGGUCGUAAUAGGAAGGCCAAAAUAGACGUUGUUAACAUAUAUGCUGUGUUUGAUAUUCACACGCUCUGCAAAAUAACAACCACACGUGGUUCCGGCAGGACGCUUUACUUUUACUUUGCCACCAACAGGAGCACCCCGCUGAUGGUCCUCAACUUUGACAGCGACAUGGAGGUGCAGUCCUGCGUGCGCUCCAUCAGGGAAGUCUACUCUCGUUACGCCAACGGGGAAAGAGGCGCAUCAGGGGAGGCGGCGAGGAAGUCGGGCAACAAUUCGACGAACAAUUCGGCCGGGGGCGCAGUGUGA